CAAUAUUCGGCGGCGACCCUGGACACAGACGCAGAUAAGAUGAACAGCAGUCGGGGCUCGAUGGACUUCGCGGCCAUGGCGACCUCGGGGAAGCUGCCGGCCUUCGACGACCUCAACCCCUUCGCGCAGUACGGCAGCGGUGCCAAGGCUGCCGAGGCCGGCCGGUGGCAGCCCGUGCCCGGCCUCGUCCACUCGAAGGAGAGUCUCGCGCUGCGGCAGGCGGUCGGCGCGAUCCUCAAGGGCGUUCACGAAGAGGUCAAGGCCGAGACGCUCGAGAUCCGCGCCAACACGCCCGAGUACCGGCUCGAGAACGACGACUGGAUCGCGCACCGCAACAGCAACAAGGUGCUGCCGCAGACGCUCAAGACGGUCGCGCGCCUGCCCAUGAGCCUCCUCAUCACCAACCCCAACCACGUCGGUGUCGACAAGGAGAAGCUCAACGUCGCUGGCUGGCUCAAGAAGAAGGGCGAGAAAAACACGGCCAUGAAGAAGCGCUACAUGGAGCUCGAGAACAAGGUGCUCACGUACUACAAAAAGAAGCCCGAGCACCGCGGCCGGCCGCUCUCGCGCGAAGAGAAGGUCCCUCUCAUGCAGGGCAAGAUCGAGCUCGACAAGGUCUCGUCGGUCCAGCCGACCACGAUCAAGGGCGUGACCGUCAAGUGGGGCAUCGAUCUCGUCACGACGAACCGGACGUGGGUGCUGCAGGCCGAGUCCGAAGACGAGUACCAGAUGUGGGUCCAUGCGCUUUGCCACUCGGUGCGCUUUCACUGCGUCAACCUUAUCUACCGGCGCAUGCUCCAGCUCGCCGAGGUGUCGGCGUCCGCCGAGAACGAAGUCCGUCUCGUGAUCCUCCCGUCCUACACGGUCCAGGAGUCGGUCGAACACAUCUUCAACUGCUACAAGCUCAUGCUGGACGCAGCGCCGUUGCAUCCGUACGACCCGAAGGAGUACGUGCUCAAGUUUACCGGGUACCGCGACUACAUGAUCGAUCCGUUCCGCGAAGUCAGCAACUACCAGCACGUGCGCGAGUGCCUAAUCACGAAGAAGACUCUCUGCCUCACGCUCGUGCACCAGAGCAAGAUCAAGGAAGCGCUCCAGCGCGGCCUGAGCAUGCGCCCGGCGUCCGGGCUCAUCUACAACGAAGCCGUGUGCCGGCCGGCGCCGUCGUCGUCGGGUGCGAGCCGCAACAAGUUCAACUUUACGACGCUUGGCAACGACUGGCAGACUUCCAGCGACGUUGACAACAACGCCGACAGCCAGUUUACGACUGGAAAGAGCUGCCACUACCGCGAGCCGCUCCGCUUUUGCAUCAACCGUGUGCUCAACAUCCCUCGCUACACGACGCACCUCCGCCGGACGGCCCACGACAUGGCGCCGGAGCAGCGGCCGCUCCUCUUCACCAAUGGCAUUGUGACCAUCGAGCUCUACAACGGCGGCAAGCUCCUCGAAAAUGUGGUUGAGACCACCGACGUGCGCAUGAAGGCGCAGAUGGACGACGGUCUCAUCGCGGUCUGGACCGAGCCCAAGUGGUACAAGACCAAGUUGCGUCUGUACGAGAUUCCUCGCACGGCGCGCCUCGUCUUUACGCUCUAUGGUGUCCGGAAGGGCCUCGGCGGCGUCGUCUCCAACAACAGCGACGGCAACGACCGCGAACGCAUCCUCACGACGGGCCUUAACGUGUUUGACGUCGAGGGCCUCAUCGCGCAGGGCGACCAGUACAUGCAGAUGCUCGACAACUUGCAUACGAGCCACCACGGUCCGGUGCCGCACGUCAUUGACCCGGCCAAGCCCAUUAUCCACGUGUCGCUCUCGUCGUUCCAUGCCGACAUUGUAUUUGAUUGGUCGGCGGGCAACGCGUCGAACGCAGCGACCGAACAAUUCUCGUCCAGCACCAACGGCUCCCGCAGCGAGACGCUCGAAAAGUCGGGCUGGCUCAAGAAGACGGGCAAGAGCCACACGCUGACCGCGUGGCAGAACCGGUGGUUCACGCUGUCGCAGACGACGCACUCGCUCUCGUACGCCGAAGACGUCAAUGCGCCGGCCAAGCACACGAUCGACCUCCUUGGUGCCAACGUCAUGAUCGCCGACGAGCUCAACGAGCGCUACACGACGUUUGCGGUCUCGAAGGGCACGCGCAAAGAGCAGAGCACGUGGGUCUUUAAGCUCCGAGCGGCCGAGAGCUCGCGCGAGUUCAUCUUGUGCGCCAACACACGCCAAGAGCGGGAAGAGUGGCUCAUGGCCAUCAAGAUGGUAGCGUCGGGUGAGACGCUCUCGGACGACGAGGAUGACAACGACAGCUUCAACCUGGGCAACCAGUACGACAACGACUUCAGCCGACUGACCUUGGACCCGGGUGCCGCGGAUCGCAGCACGAUCCUGCACGGCUACUCGAUGAACCUCAUGUCGGAGCGCGGCCGUGUCAUGAGCGGGCGCCAAUCGUCGCUCAACAGCAGCGUCUUCUCGGACGGCGGCACAAAAGCGCUCGACGACCUCCGCGAGACGAUCCGGCGGGACCCGCUCUACCGCCUCUCGUCGUUCCAGAAGGCCAUCAUGUGGAAGAACCGAGCCGACUUCAUGGACAAGUUUGAGUUUCUUCCACGCAUGCUUACGUGUGUCAACUGGUUCAACGCCAAGGAGGUCGACGACGUCAUUGCGUUCCUCCCGCGCUGGGCCAAGGCGAGCCAUCCCGCCGCGUACAUUGAGCUCCUCGACAUGGAGUUUGCCCACGAAGGCGUCCGGCAGUUUGCCGUCGACAAGCUCGCUGAGAUGGCCGACACGACGUUCAGCUACUUCCUUCCGCAGCUGGUCCAAGCGCUUAAAUUUGAGAACCACCACGUGUCGCCACUCGCCAAGCAUUUGAUUGAGCGCGCGAUCAAGAACCCGAACCAGAUCGGCUUUGACCUCUUCUGGAGCAUGAAGGUCGAGUCGUACAACGAGCAGUACAAGGAGCGGUACGGCCUCCUCCUCAACACGUACGUGGACGUGUGCUCGUACAAGAUGCGCUCGAUCCUCGAAAUUCAGGACAAGCUCUUCUCGGAGAAGGGCGUGUUUGAGCAGAUUUGCCAAGAGAUCAAGGAGUUCGCGCACACCAACAAAUCGAUGGACGCGAUGAAGGCGCUCUUGCAUCAGCGCCUCGAUGAACUCAACGAGUCGCUCCAGUCGGCGUACCAGCUGCCGAUUGAUCCGCGUGUCGAAGUCCGCCGCAUCGUUGUCAAGAAGUGCAAGAUCAUGUCGUCGGCCAAAUUGCCCCUCUGGCUCGAGUUUGAAAAUGCCGAGGAAGGCGGCGACCCGGUCAUCAUCAUCUUCAAGGCCGGCGACGACGUGCGCCAGGACUGCCUCACGCUGCAGCUCAUCCGCUUGAUGGACGAAAUGUGGCGUGAAGACGGCAAGGAUCUCGCCAUGGAGCCGUACAAGUGCGUCUCGACGGGCCCCAUGACCGGUAUCCUUCAAGUCGUCCAACAUGCCGUGACGACGGCCGACGUACACAAGCGCGGCGGGGCGAUGGGCGGCAUCUUUGGCGCGUUCAACGAUGCGAAGGUGACUGGUUCGUGCGCCGGCUACUGCGUUGCGACGUACGUCCUCGGUAUCGGCGAUCGCCACAACGACAACAUCAUGAUCACGACGGGUGGCCGCUACUUCCAUAUCGAUUUCGGCCAUUUCCUCGGCUUUAUGAAGUACCAGUAUGGUAUCAAGCGUGAGAAGACGCCCUUUGUGUUUACACCCGAGAUGGCGCACGUGUUUGGCGGCAUUGGCACUGACAUGUUCCGCAAGUUCCAGGACCUCGCGGGCGAGGCGUUCAACGUGGUGCGCCGGCACUUGCAUCUGCUAGUCUCUCUGCUCCUGCUCAUGAUUCCGGCCGACAUGCCGGAGCUCCGUCGGCGCGACGACAUCAACUACAUUGUCGAGAUCAUGGGCAGCGACAAGUCGGACGCGGAAGCCGCAGCCAUGUUUGCCGACCUCAUCGUGCAGUGCACCAAGAACACGUUCAAGCGCAUCGACAACACAUUGCACAUUCUCAAGCACAGCUAAAGACGUACCUGGUCGCUCCUAUUUUAACAUUGGUCGUAUCUGUCUGCGUGGUUACACCCGUUCAA